AAAAAGGCAAAACUUUUUUUCGUCCCUUGAUCCCCCCCCCGGCCGCUUUCUCGCAUGAAUCUCCUCGACCCUUUCAUGAAAAUGACAGAAGAGCAGGACAAAUGUAUCUCCGACGCCCCCAGCCCCACUAUGUCGGAUGACUCCGCCGGGUCCCCCUGUCCCUCUGGAUCCGGGUCGGACACGGAGAACACCAGACCCCAAGAAAACACCUUCCCCAAGGGGGACCCGGACCUGAAGAAGGAGAACGACGAGGACAAGUUCCCGGUGUGCAUCCGGGAGGCGGUGAGCCAGGUGCUGAAGGGCUACGACUGGACCCUGGUGCCGAUGCCGGUGCGGGUGAACGGCUCGAGCAAGAACAAGCCGCACGUGAAGAGACCCAUGAACGCCUUCAUGGUGUGGGCGCAGGCGGCCCGAAGGAAGCUGGCGGACCAGUACCCGCAUCUGCACAACGCCGAGCUCAGCAAGACCCUGGGCAAGCUCUGGAGGCUGCUGAACGAGAGCGAGAAGCGUCCCUUCGUGGAGGAGGCUGAGCGGCUGCGGGUGCAGCACAAGAAGGACCAUCCCGACUACAAGUACCAGCCGCGGCGGAGAAAGUCGGUGAAGAACGGGCAGUCGGAGCAGGAGGAGGGCUCGGAGCAGACCCACAUCUCCCCCAACGCCAUCUUCAAGGCGCUGCAGGCCGACUCCCCGCAGUCGUCCUCCAGCAUCAGCGAGGUGCACUCCCCCGGGGAGCACUCGGGUAGGGCAGUCACAGGGCCCCCCACGCCCCCCACCACCCCCAAGACGGACACGCAGCCCGGCAAGCAGGACCUGAAGCGGGAGGGCCGCCCCCUGCAAGAGGGUGGCCGGCAGCCCCCCCACAUCGACUUCCGAGACGUGGACAUCGGGGAGCUGAGCAGCGACGUCAUCUCCAACAUCGAGACCUUCGACGUCAACGAGUUCGACCAGUACCUGCCUCCCAACGGGCACCCGGGGGGCCCAGCCGCGCACGGCCAGCCCGGCCAGGUCACCUACACGGGCAGCUACGGCAUCAGCAGCACGUCGGGCUCCCGCGCCGGCCACGUGUGGAUGUCCAAGCAGCAGGCGCAGCCCCCGGCGCAGCCGCAGCCCCCGGCGCAGCACGGGCUGCCGGCGCUGAGCGGGGAGCAGGGCCCGGCGGCGCAGCAGAGGACGCACAUCAAGACGGAGCAGCUGAGCCCCAGCCACUACAGCGAGCAGCAGCAGCACUCCCCGCAGCAGAUCAACUACAGCUCCUUCAACCUGCAGCACUACAGCUCGUCCUACCCCACCAUCACCCGCUCCCAGUACGACUACACCGACCACCAGAACUCCGGCUCCUACUACAGCCACGCGGCGGGGCAGGGCAGCGGCCUCUACUCCACCUUCACCUACAUGAACCCCACGCAGCGCCCCAUGUACACCCCCAUUGCAGACACUUCGGGGGUCCCCUCCAUCCCCCAGACCCACAGCCCGCAGCACUGGGAACAGCCCGUCUACACGCAGCUCACCAGGCCCUGA